UGACCACGCAUGCGCAGUUCAGAGACUUCCGGAGCAGGAACUAUAUGGGAGUAGUAACGAAUUACUGUGAAGCUUUGAUUCUGAGUUUAAUUUGACGUGGAUGGGUGGUGGAAUUGCCACGGAGAAAGUUUGGUAAUAAGGACUAUAUGAAGAAUAUUGGUUGUCAAACGGGCUGCAGAGUUUGCUGAAGAGUUAUUUAAUAUCUGAUGCAAUAUGGCAACAACACACGGUGCUAUCACACGGAUAAUCACAUGCCUCCAGGAGAGCGGACGUCAUGUGAAGUUGUCGCCUCUGGGACUUGUACGAUAUUUAUCCAACACAUGUUCAGAGAAACAAGCUAGAGGAAACACGGACAUGGUUAGAGCUCCAGUGUGUGGAAGUGGAGGUGGAAGUGGAAGUGGUGGAGGAAGUGGAAGUGGUGGAGGAAGAGGCUCAGCUCGGACAUGUCUCCUCCGAGCCGCGGCGGUGGGACUGGGGCUGAGCGGAGCUGCUUUACACAGUGUUAAAGACGAGCGGGAUGAAGACACCUCUCAGAGUACACGACCUCUCACCAACACUGUACUCCACUACCUCAUACCUACAGCCUACUGUGCUUCUCCAUACAAAGGGGACAGUCCGCGGUAUAAGUACAACUUCAUUGCGGAUGUAGUGGAGAAGUCAGCGCCUGCUGUAGUUUACAUUGAGAUAUUAGGACGGCAUCCAUUCUCUGGCCGUGAGAUCCCUAUCUCUAAUGGUUCUGGCUUCAUCAUCAGUGCUGAUGGCCUCAUAGUGACCAAUGCCCAUGUAGUAGCCAACAAGCGUGGGGUUCGUGUCAAACUGGCCAACGGAGAGACGUACAAUGCCACUGUACAAGAUGUGGACCAGGCUGCAGACAUUGCAACAAUUAAAAUCAAUGCCAAGGUAACGCUGAUGAUACUGUGCCUGUUACUGACGAUACACAGGAGUAGAGAUCAUGCGUGCUUGGUUACAGCUCAUGCUUUUCUAUAUUUAUUAAUCCUCAUUGGCUUUGUCACUGAUAUUUGGUUCUUCUGGGGUUGUUUUCAGCAUCCCUUGCCUACGUUGCGUCUUGGGCAGUCAUUGGAUGUACGUCAGGGGGAGUUUGUGGUUGCCAUGGGGAGCCCCUUCGCUCUGAGGAACACCAUCACAUCUGGAAUAGUUAGUUCAGCUCAAAGAGGCAGCAAAGAACUGGGCCUGUCUAAUGGCAACAUGGACUACAUACAGACUGAUGCUGCCAUAGAUUUUGGGAAUUCAGGUGGUCCACUUAUUAAUUUGGAUGGCGAGGUCAUUGGUAUUAAUACCAUGAAGGUGACUGCUGGGAUUUCCUUUGCAAUUCCCUCUGACAGACUUCGUCUUUUCCUUGAGCGUGCUGCUGAUAAAAAGAGUUCCUGGUUCGGUGGGUCUGAAAGCAAACGGCGCUACAUAGGAGUGAUGAUGUUAACACUCACACCUAGUAUAAUCGCCGAGUUGAAGAUGCGUGAUCCCUCGUUCCCUGAUGUAGCACAUGGAAUCCUCAUCCAUCGUGUCAUCACUGGCUCUCCAGCCAACAGAGCGGGUAUGAAACCAGGUGACAUUGUAGUGGAAGUCAACGGAGUAAAGGUGAACACAUCAGAAGAAAUCUACAAUGCAGUACGGACAAGUGACAGCAUCAACAUGGUGGUGCGCAGAGGUCAAGACCUCCUAAUGCUGCACAUGACCCCUGAGUUCACAGAAUAACAUAAACCACACUCAGUAUUUUGCCUUACGGAAAACUUGCAGAAGAGAAAUAUACAAAGAGGAAGAUUUUUAAAAAAUGACUAGGAUGUGGAAGGUUCUGAAGGGAUGUCAGAUGACUAGGCUUGAGUGUAUGUUAGAAAUGAGUUUAAAUGAAAUUCUGAUUUGAAAAUGUCACAUGCUCGAUGGUUCUCGGGAUUCCUUUUUGCUCAGUUAAUGUGGCUUGUUGAAACAGUGAUGUGAUGGGGCAGAUGUGCACAAAUACAAAUUUUAGACAAUAUAUUGGAAUAACAGACAAAAAUAUGGGACUUUAAACACAUUGUGAACAAAGGCUAGUAGUUUGCAAAGUUUUGAACAGGCAUCCAUGUGUAAAUGAGUUGCACAGAAAGCCAUUGAAAUGUUGUGAGCGCAUUUGAGCCUUAGAAAUGGAAACAAAAUUGGUGUGUGUGUGUGUAUUUGAAUGUUUUACACUUGUAUGAGAAAACCAUGUCAACACAUCAGUCCACACUUUCUUUCUCAUUUCAAAUUGUCUGAUCUUAAAAAUGGCCCAAUUUACAGCUAGAAAGUUCAGCAUGAAGACAAAGAUGGCCCAGAUUUUUAUUGCUGAAUUUGUCUGUCCCUGUAUAUGUGAAGUCUUUAACAUACACUUGAACAUUUUUUUCCGUUGAAGUAGCAGUGAAUGGCUACGUUUAAAACAGUGUUUGAGAAAUGUUUCUCAUAAAUUUUCAGAAGACCACGAGUGCACACUAGAGCACACUUUGGCAUACGUUAUGUUAUAAAUUGACAUACAGUUUGACUACAUACAUGACUACAAUUCUGUUUGGAUGAAAAAAUAAAAAUAACCUAUUUCAGGUGUUAA